GUCAAAAGUGUCCGUUUUGCCCCAACCUCCCCUACUUGGCAACAGUAUUUUUUUCUCAGUUUAAAGUCCAAUUAUUCUUCUGUCGGUUCGACUUCGACAAAAAGAGUCCACCACGCGGUCCCUUGUCGCGUGUCGCGCUCCCUCUCAUUUCGACUCCUCGUUGAUCCCAGUAAUUUAUCAAUUUUUAUCGCUAAUUUGAAUUAACGAACACCUAAAAAUGGUGGAAGAACAGAGAAGACGAGUGGAGGACCAGAUGACGAAAAUUGUGGAGGAAAUUGACAAGAAUUACUUGAGGGGAUUGCAAGGAGAUAUGCACAGAUGUGCGGCCAAUUGCUGUGACAACAAAACCGCAAGUGUUCAAAAAAUUCACCACUGCAUCGAAAACUGCAGUGGAUCAUUGACGAAAGCCCAGCAGUACGUGAAUUCCGAAUUUGAGAGAGUUCAGCACCGAUUACAAAGGUGUGUCAUGGACUGCAACGAUCACAUAAAAGACAAAAUGGGCCCCAACCCCACGCAAGAUGAAGUUAACCGUUUGACAGAUGAUUUUGAAAAGUGCGCGACAAAAUGUGUUGAUACGUAUUGCGAUUUGCUUCCAUCGUUGGAAAAAACAAUGAAAAAAGUGCUUGCGAGCGGAAGAUUCGAUCAAUCAUUGUAAGCCAAAUCGAAAAUUUUCAUUGUCAUCAACAAUGACAAAGAAAAUCAUAAUUUCAUUGCACUCAAGAUGAAAUUGCCGUCGAAUUUGGGUGUUGGAAUGAAAAUGCAAUAGCGAAGAGGUAAAACUAAACAAGUCAAGUAUAUUUUUGUCGAUUGUAACGAGCGAAUUAGAGACAAACGAUCACGAGAUCUUUUGGAUAGCUGCAUAAGCUCCACAUCAAAAGGUCUCUCGACAUUUUUUCGAAAGUGCAUCGUUAUCGGGACCCGUAGACCAGUUUAUUCUCUGCAAGAACCAGAAAGCAUGAUCUCGCGUUACGAAUAUGGACCUUGUUAAAGGUUUUACGAAUUUUUCAUGU